UUCUUUCGUAUCAGGACAAUUUUACUUGAACAUGAGUUUGUAUACCAAGAUUCGGAAAUAAAAUCCCCUUUGUGUUCACGCGUCUUGAAUGAUGGUUGAGCUAGAAUUUUUCUGGACGCUAUGAUAUAUCUACCAUCUAAACUCAAAGGGGAAGUUUGAUUACCUCGGGAUUGAUUUAAUUUUCUAGUAAAAGGACGUCGGAGUAUAAAUUCAUGUAUUAAACUGCGUAUUCUUGUGGCAAUUCAUGCAUCUUUCAAACAAAGAAUAUGAGAUCUUGAAGCUAGUAUUGCAAGUAAUCAAAUGGCUCCAUAAUGUGAUAGAAAGGAAGCAAGAUUCUGGUGCAAUGCGCUCAAAACAUCACCAACAAUCCAAAUGCUGCUAAGAAAAAAAGUACGAGAAGAGAAUCGUGUCGCUAACCAGGAGAACAGAUCUUUGUUCAAGUUGUUACGGGCUGAUGAUGAUGAAGACGAAGGGAAAGGGGUCUUCUUCAUGGAACAGCGGCAGGAAGAUGAUUCUGCCACUCGUCGUCCUUCUCUGCGCCCUCUCCUUCGUUGCUGGAUUCUUCCUUUCCCUCCUUAUCCUUUCUCAAGAUUUGUCUGCGAGCUCGCGGGAGAUGAGAAACCGAGGAUUGCUGGAGGAGGAACCGUCGGUUUCGAUGCCACACGGCAGAACCGGUGAUCCUUCCGUUAACUCAAUUCCCUUCCAGGUACUGAGUUGGAGGCCUCGCGCAUUGUACUUCCCCAGAUUCGCGGACCCGGAGCAAUGCCGGACUAUCAUCAAGAUCGCCAAGGCGACCAUGGCACCAUCCACACUUGCGCUGCGCAAGGGGGAGACGCGGGAGCAUACCCAGGGAAUCAGAACUAGUUCAGGUACAUUUAUUAGUGCAACAGAAGAUAAAACAGGAAUAUUGGCCCUUAUAGAGCAAAAGAUUGCAAAGGCAACAAUGCUUCCAAGAGCACAUGGUGAGGCUUUCAAUGUGUUACGUUAUGAAAUAGGGCAGAAAUAUGAUUCUCAUUAUGAUGUCUUCAACCCUGCUGAAUAUGGUCCACAAAAGAGCCAGAGGGUGGCUUCCUUCCUGUUGUAUCUGUCUGAUGUUGAAGAUGGUGGAGAAACAAUGUUUCCCUUUGAGGAUGGCAAGAAUAUUGACAUUGGCUAUGACUAUAAAAAAUGUAUUGGUUUGAAAGUAAAGCCACGACAAGGGGAUGCACUUCUUUUCUAUUCACUUUUUCCAAAUGGCACGAUUGAUGUGACAUCUCUACAUGGCAGUUGUCCUGUGAUAAAAGGAGAAAAAUGGGUGGCAACAAAGUGGAUCAGAGAUCAGGUAGACAAGUAACCGAAUUUGUAUCAAGAAUUCUUUCAUAGUCAUCUUGCUACGUCCUUCUCAUUGCUAUUGUAGAGAAAAUUAACGGUUCUUUUGUAGCCCUUUUCAUAAUUCAUUUUUGUUGUAAUGUUUUUUCCCCAUCUGUAAAUAAUAUAAAAUGAGAUGAUACAUCAUGCAUA